AUGCACCACGGCUUCGGGAGUGAAGGUGCCACUCGCCCCUACGAAGCUUCACCAUCUCCUCCCCCAAGAGACCAUUGCAGCCCCCGCUCCCCAGUAACCACGUGCGACCAAAAGGCAGUGAUCAAAAACGCGGAUAUGUCCGAGGAGAUGCAACAGCACUCGGUGAAGUGUGCGACUCAGGCGCUGGAGAAGUACAGCAUGUUGGUGGAUAUCGCGGCCCACAUUAAAAAGGAGUUUGACAAGAAGUACAAUCCCCGCUGGCACUGCAUCGUGGGGAGGAACUUCAGUAGUUACGUGACGUACAAAAAAAAUCACUACAUACUCUUCGAGCUGGGCCAGAUGACCAUUAUGCUGUUCAAGCAUGGUUAG